UGAUAGCAAUAAGUGUUCGAGAGAGCUCUAUCUGUGUUUUAUCAUCGUCAAGAUUAGGGUCGCGCCUUGAGACGUCGCGUGUCUAUUAUCGUGCAGUAUAGUGACGCACGGCGUCUUUUCAGAGUGUUUCUUCUCAAACAAAGAUCUCGAGAGAUCUCGGUAGAAUCUCGACGGCAAACAUCCGAUGUGGAGUACGCGAGAAAGAAUCUAUAUAUCAAAUUGUCGUCGAACGAGACCAAUCUCGACGUCUGAAUUUCCGUAGCGUCGAGAUCGCUGGUGAUGCACUGAAGAAGAAAAAGAAUACUAUUAUGGCGAUGUUUGGUAACGCGGUGCAAGCGAAGCUGGCGUCGAUGGUGCUGAUCGGCGCCGGUAGCUUCUUCGUCGGCAUCACUCCCGCUUGCUUCAUCUCACGCGCGCAACGUCUACAGCGGAAACUGCUGCUCUCCUGCACCCUGUGCUUCGGCGCCGGAGUCCUCUUCGCCACUUCGAUGCUGCACGUAUUGCCAGAAGUGCGUGAGGACUUGCCGAAUCACGCCGAACUGGUGUACUCCUGCGGCUUCCUCGUACUUUACCUAGUCGAGGAAUGCGUUCAUUAUUUUUGUUCAUUAAGCAGCGCGACCGAGGUUCACGAUGAUUCCAGGCAUAGGAGUACGCACGAGCGAGGUUGUUUCAACUGUCGGGACCAUUCCCAUGGUGUCAGCUACAAUGCCGCCACACAAGACAGCAAAGUUUACGUAUCCGAGGGAGAUGCGAGAUUGUCGUUUAAUCAUCGACAGAGUUCCUUUGGUAACAACAACCCCAAUAGCACAUGGACGGUUGGCGGCUAUGGUACGACGCGGUGCAACGCACACGACGGCCCUUCGUCGGGUGAGGAGACUACAUUUUUGUGUCAUGGAAAUCACGGGGAGCAAUACACCGACACUAACACCGGCCUUGCUGGUCUCGUCCUCGCUCUUACUGUACACGCCAUCCUCGAAGGACUAGCGAUAGGGCUGCAAACGCAAAUCGCCGAGGUUUUGUUAUUAACCGGAGCCGUAGCGUCACACAAAUUUGUCGUCGGUUUCUGCUUGGGACUGGAAUUGGCGGGAGUCAGCAAAUCUGUGCCUAAAUUAGUAUUUGUAAUUUUCGUAUUCGCCAUUGGAUCUGUUAUCGGAAUUGGUAUUGGCAUGCUAACAUUUCAGGUAGAUACAGAUUGGUCAAAGGUAGCAUUACCGAUCUUGCAAGGUCUGGCAGGCGGAACUUUAUUGUAUGUUACUGUGAGUGAAGUUCUUCCAAGAGAAAGAGCGAAAUGGCACAAGAGUUUGCGCAGAUUUGCAAGUAUUUUGCAAUUUAUUUCGGUAUUUGCUGGAUUUAUUGUUAUUUUUCUUCUUAACAACUAUGUAGGUGAGUGAACUCUGUGAUUAUAUUAUAUUAAAUUUUAAAUUAAAUUAAAUAUAAGAUUCUUUAAA